GACUGAGAUCAGGUGACAUGCAAACGGCAUGUCACCGUGUACCCAGCGGCCUCAAAUCCAGCGUCCAACCACGAUCCAACGGACAGGGACACACAGCAUAGUAUUCCAACGCAAAAAAGGCAACCAGCGGAGUCAAAGGAGGACCAAAUCGUGGAGGGCGCGGCUCAGCUCCUCUUCUCGCGCGGGAAGGCGGGGAAAAGGGAGGGAUUGGCGCGGAUUCGCCGGCGCCUCCUCUUCUCGCGCGAUUCGCCGGCGGCCCCCGCUCUCCGCCGCGCCAACCCGUCGAGCGCCGCCGCUGAGGAGCGCCGCCCGACAACCAGCGUCGUCCGCCGCGCCAACCCGUCGAGCGCCGCCGCGGGAACCCGAUGACGAGCGCUCGACGACCCAAGGACGAGCGCCGGCCGCCGCGGUAGCCAAGGGUGGAGCGCCGGCCGCCGCGGUAGCGCGCCUGACGGACGAGCGCCGGACGCUUCACAGAAUUGAGUGUUGUGCGAUGGGAUCGAUUGGCAACAGGAUACCCGAAGUUGGUAUGCGGUUCAGAAAUUCGGAUGAGGCUUGGGAGUUCUGGGUGCAAUAUAGUGGUCACAUAGGCUUUGAUGUGAGGAAAAGAAAUACCAUCAAAAGCAGAAUUGAUGGAACAAUCACUUCCUGUAGGUUUGUUUGUUCCAAUGAAGGUAUUCGAAGGAAAAGUCAUCUAGAUCAUGAGCCGAAGCGCAUUAGAGCUGAAACAAGAACCAAUUGUAAAGUUCGGAUGAUUGUUUCAUUUGAUCGAGUGGCCAAAUUUUUUGAAGUCACCGAAGUUGAUUUGGAACACAAUCACCUCCUUCAAUUGCCGCAAACCUGUUACUUGUUGGCAUCACAAAGGAAGAUUUCAGAUGUGCAAGCUUUAGAGAUAGAAACAGCCGAUGAUUCUGGAAUUAUGCCAAAAGCUUCACAUGAGUUUGCAUGUCGUCUAGUUGGUGGGAAGUUCAAUGUUGGUUACACUUUGACUGACCAGAAGAAUCAUCUGCGAACCAAGCGGCAGCGGGAGAUGGCUUAUGGACAGGCCGGUAGUAUGUUGAAGUUCUUUCGUGACAAGAUAGGUGAGAAUCCAUCAUUCCAAUAUCAUUUGCAGUUGGAUUGUGAGGAGCAUAUAGCCAACAUAUUCUGGGUUGAUGCUAAAAUGCUACUUGACUAUGCACACUUUGGUGAUGUUGUCACUUUUGACACUACAUUUGGCACGAACAAAGAGUAUAGGCCAUUUGGUAUUUUUCUUGGGCUCAAUCAGUUUAGAGAAACAACCAUUUUUGGUGCUGCAUUGAUGUUUGAUGAAACACGCGACUCAUUUAUAUGGCUCUUUGAGACAUUUCUAGCCGCACACAAUGGAAGGCAGCCUAGAACUAUCUAUACCGAUCAAGAUGCAGCAAUGGGAGGAGCCAUAGAGAGGGUCUUCACAGAAUCAUAUCAUGGACUGUGUACAUUUCAUAUCAUGCAAAAUGCUGUCAAACAUUUGACUCAAGUGGGAGUGGAGGAUGAAGUGGAGGAUGAAGUGGAGGAUGAAGAAAAAGAGCCUCAUAUUCUCACAGAUUUUGGUGCUUGUAUGUAUGGAUAUGAGGACAAGGCGGCAUUUGAAAAAGCGUUUGACAAUAUGAGGCUCAAAGUGCAUAAGCAAACUUGGUUAGAUAGCAUCUACAAGGUGAAAGAAAAAUGGGCAGAAUGUUAUAUGAGAGAUGUCUUUAGCUUGGGAGUGAGAAGUACACAAUUAAGUGAGAGCUUCAACAAUUCGUUGAAAAAUCAUUUGAAAUCAGAUUUUCAUAUUCUUCGGUUCUUGAUGCAUUUUGAGAGGACGGUGGAAGUAAAAAGAACAAAGGAAUUGCAAUCUGAAUUCAAUGAAAGAAAAUAUAUACCAAGAAUUAAGAUGUUCACUCCUAUGUUGGUGGAAGCAAGCAAAGUGUACACUUCGAUUAUAUUUGAAGCUUUCCAAGGUGAGUAUGAAAGAUCAACGGCUGCAUGUUGUAGAUUAUUGGAUGGAAAUAAUAGAUUUGCCGUUGCUAUUGCGAGUUUGCAUGGUGAUUUAGAGUUUGAGGAGGAGCGCAUAGUGAUAGGUGAUCCUUUGACCAAAACGGUUUCAUGUAGUUGUGGAAUGUUCAAUAGGACGGGGAUAUUGUGUGGACAUGGUCUAAAAGUCCUUGAUUUGAUGAAUAUAAAGACAUUGCCGACACAUUAUGUCUUGAAGAGAUGGACUAGAGAAGCUCGCAAUGGAAGUAUACAAGAUAAGGAAGGAAGGAAAGUGGUAGAAAAUCCAAAACUUGAAGCUCAACUUCGGUACAAGGAUUUAUCUCAUCAAUUUCACAAUGUGGCACAUAGAGCAGCCAGCUCCCCACAGUGUUGUGUGCUAUUGGCCAAUGCACUUGCCUCAGUUGCACCUAGCAUACAGGAAAUACUCGAUGCCACUAGUACUAUGGAUGAACCAUAUAAAGACAAAGAGAAUGUUGAUCCAAAUGUGCAACAAAUAGAUGAAUUGCUUAGAGCUGCACGACUGAAGAAAAAAGAGGUGCCGGCAACAAAAUUAAGGAGAAAGACAACUUGGCUUGAUAAGUUACUCAAGGGGAAGCGUAAACCAUUGAAAGCUACCGCACCGACCAAAAAGGGAGAAAAUCCAAAAAAGGAGGAUGGUGUGCAACAAAAGAAGAAGGAUGGUGUGCCAAAAAAGAAGAAGGAUGGUGUGCCAAAAAAGAAGAAGGAUGGUGUGCAACAAAAGAAGAAGGAUGAUGUACAGACCUCAAUGCUGUACGUUGGAUGGUGCUUGGACGUUGGAUUUGAGGCCGCUGGGUACACGGUGACAUGCCGUUUGCAUGUCACCUGA